AUGAUCCACCGUCCAUCGCAAUCCAAGAUGAACGACGACGAUGACAUGGAGCCCGCCGCCGCGCCGCGAUUCAACCGAACGCUCUCCAUGGUCGGUAAGGCCCCGGGGAAGCAGCAAAAUGUCCGUGCCGCGCAGCCACGUCAGCAGAGAGCGGCGCCGCAACAGGCGCAUCCGGACGAUGACGAGGAUCCAACGGAAUCGGACCUCGGACGGUCGAUGACGAUGGGGAGCAAGCCGCGGGGGAGACCCGCGGCGGGUUUUCCGCAACACGGGGGGGAGCGGGGAGGAAUGGGGGGAGGGGGAGGCGGAGGGGGGGGAGAUGGGAGCGGGGAGGAGCAGCUGGGGCGAUCACUGACGCAAGUCGAUGCGCGCAGACGGGCGGGCGGAGGACGCGGGGCAGGCGCAGCGGGCAGAAGCGGAAGCCCCGCGCAAAGCGGGAUGCGCAAGUCCGCAAGCGGCGCAAGCCGGUCGCGGUCCCCCAUGGGCGCGGGUGCGGGCGGGGACGAUUCGAUGAGCAUGCAGGGAAUGCAGCAGGCGCUGCCGCAACAGCCGCUGCUGAAAUCCGCGCUCAAGCGCAGUAGCGCGGCGCAAACGCCCACGGGCUACGGCGGCGGCGGGUUCGGCGGCGACGAUGGCGGCGGGUACGGCGGCGGCCAGAUGAUGGGCGGAGGGGGAGGGGGUAGGGGCGGCAGGGCGGGGGGCGCUGCGCCAAACCCGCAAGGGGGGUACGAUCGGUCCGGGAGCCCGUUCCGCGCAGGCGGGGGGCAGUAUCCGGGGGGGGAUGGUAACAUAUACUCUCCUCAAGGCGGAAUGGGGUACGGGGGGGGGGAGGGGGAGGGGUAUCAAGACGGGAUGUACGGCCAGGAUCCGCAGCAGCAUUACGGGCAAGAUCAGCAGUUUCAGCCAACGCCACGUCAGCAACAGCAGUGGGCGGGCGCGCAGGGAGGCGCUAAUUCCGGGCGAAUGAUGGGGGGAGGCGGAAGCGGGUCGGGUAUGGGGCCUGGGCGGAAGAUGGGGGGAGGGGGGCAGCAGCAGAUGAUGCAGCAGGCGCAGGCGCAGGGGCAGGGGCAGCAGGGGGCGGAGGACGAGUAUUACGGGGCGGGCGCGGGGAACAUGUCGGACGCGUCGGAUACGAAUUUCACGCGGCGGCUGCAGCACAUGCAGGCGCAGCAGCAGCAGGACGAGGCGGCCUCGCUGCCCAUGCUGCCCCCGCCCAGCGCGCCGCAAGUCGUGCAGGUAUGCUGUGCCCACUCCUCCCCCUUCUUCCCCGGUCCCCCUCUCCCAGUGCUGCCCAUGCUGCCCCCGCCCAGCGCGCCGCAAGUCGUGCAGUGCCAGCGCUGCUCCCAGCUACUGGAAGUGCCUCUGCAGCUUCCUCCGGCUAAGAAGGGCGUGCAGAAGCUACGCUGCGGCAAGUGCCUGCGAGUCUCUCGCUUCCAGGUCAACCCUGCUGACCCGCGUUUCGCCAACCAACUGCCGCCAAGUCAGCAGCCGCCGCCGCCACAGCCGCCAGCUCAGCAGCAUCCCAAUCAGCAGCUGCAGGGCGCUGGGGGGAGCGGGCGCUUUCCCUCCCCCUCCCCGCUUCAGCAGCAGCAGAGGGGGGGGAGUGGGACCGGAUAUGACAGUGAUGGUAACGCGAGCAUGAGCGGAGGGGGGGGCGCAGGGGGAGGGGGAGGGUUCCGCCCAGGCAUGGGGCCAGGCGGAGGGGGAGGCCCCCCCGCCCCCCACCACAUGCGCUCGCUUUCUAGGGAGUCUGAUGAUUAUAUGGCGGAAGGGGGUGGGGGCGGGGGGAUGGGGGGCGGAAUGGGCGGGCAAGGGGGAGGAGCAGUCGGGGGGAGAGGGCCCGGGGGAAGGGGGAGAGGCGGGGGGAGGAUGGGGGCGGGGAGAGGCGGGGGGGUUAUGGGCAGGAGGGGGCCGGGGGGGAUGGGCAGGCAGGGGGGAGUGGAAGGGGGGGAAAUGGCUGCGCCGUCUUAUGGGCACAACCAGCAGCAGCAGGGGAUGGGAGGGGGACCGGGGGGAAGCAUGGGCGGAAGCAUGGGGGGAAGCAUGGGCGGAAGCAUGGGCGGAAACAUGGGCGGACACAUGGGGGGAAACAUGGGGGGGAACAUGGGGGGAGGAAUGGGAGGGGGAGGAAUGGGGGAGGAGGAUGGGAUGAUGUAUAGCCGGCAGGUGAUGGUGAAUGGGCAGGCAUUGCCGGAUGAGUAUGUGGCUGUGGCAGAGCAGCGGGCGGGCCCCAUUCACCCUGGCAACUACUGGUAUGAUGACGUGGCAGGCUUCUGGGGUGAGAUGGGCGGGCCAUGCCUCGGCAUCAUCCCGCCUGGCAUCGACUUUGGCGUGCCAAUUCCAGUGUCGUGUGCCGGCGGCGCCACCCGCGUGUAUGUGAACGGCAGGGAGCUGCACCACCGGGACCUGGAGCGGCUGAUGAAGAGAGGGUUACCGGGCACGCCUGACUGCGGUUACCGCAUUGAGAUCACGGGCAACGUGUUUGACGAGGAGACCGGGGAGUACCUGCUCUGCCUGGGCAAGCUCGCCCCCUCGUGA